GUAAUCGUUGAAAUUAAGAUUUGUUUCGGUGCGUGAAUAAUUGACGUGUGUUUGCGAGUUGAAUGAGUGUGCGCCCGCCCAUUAUCGAUCGGCGGUGCUUGGGCGGCCCACGCACGCACGCUCACUGUGUUGUAGCGGUCGCGGCCGCCUCCGCUGCCGCCGCCGUCGCCGCCAAACGGCGUCGCAACGUCGCGCGGAACAGCUGCCGCCGUCGCAGCCAUUGCUCCGCACCGUUUGUGUAUUGUUUAACAGCGUUUUUUCAGUGGCGUGCGUCCGGAUUGUUCCUCAGGGCGACGGUGCAUCGUUUGUGCCGGCGAUGCUCUGAAUCGCCGCGGCGUUAAUUGCAGGCCAUGCACUGGUCUGGCAGUUUACUAGGUUGGGCCCUGCUGUUGCUGGCGGCCGUCGUCGGCCCGCCGGGCGCGCACGCCGAAGGAUAUGUCGGGUGUCUCUUCAGCGAGCGAUUGUGUUUGGAGCAGGUGGAGUUUUGCUAUGACGACUACGCGUUCGGAAGAUGCCUGCAGGCCACCGGCGACCUCGACGAGGACGACUACUUUCGCUUCGACCUCGACAAGGACGAACUGCACGACCUCAACCACGAAUUGAAGCGGCUCUUUGCGCUUGGCUAUAGAUGGAGCCACGCGUAUACUCAGUGCCGCCUCCAGGGCUUACUCUACGUCACCAAAAACAAUUUACCAUUGGAUCCCAACUUAUGUUUCAACCUGGCCGAUCAAGAUCUCGAAGGGGCAUUGAAAGCUUUAGAAGGGGAGGACGAUGUGGACCCAAAAGAGGUCGCGAUUGUAAAGUUUACCCCCAGCGAAGACAACCCCGCUGGGAAUUUCGCCGACGAAGUAUACUAUCCCCCGAUGGUCGACGAGCGUCAAGCCGCACGGAAAGUCAUUCUUCCUGCGGAGGCGGUUGAUUUGGAUAUGGAAGACCCCUAUGCGGGUUACUCGGUAUUGAAACGCUCUCCAUGGUUACCCCCGCUGCUACCACCCAUGCGGCGAAGAUCCGUGCCCAAUUAUUACCAACAUUUCCGCCCGGAAGCGGAAAACGCAGCGGGUGGGUACUUCCCAGAUGUCACAAGUACCUACAACCAACCACCAGCUAUCUCUGAUGAGGACGACGCCAUCUUGGGAGAAUACCUACGACGUAUCCCACUGAGUCCUGAGAAUUACGAGGAGAUCUUACCGUUGAUUUAUGGUAGGUUGCAAUAUGAUCGGCAACGGGAGUUGGAGCAGGAAGCUGAGCAAGCUGAGGAAGAAGAAUUGCAAGCUAGGCAGGAAGCGUGGAAUGAACAACAAGGUGGGAACUUCCCAGCAAGGUUUAGUUUUAGUUACAACACUCCGGAUAAGUUUCGGGAAGGGUGGGAGUCCAGGGAUUUGGUUGAUGAUGAUAUUAUGACAGAUGACAUCCCGGAAAGCAGGGUUUAUUUUGAUGAGAGGGAUAGUGGUGGUGGGGGAAUUAAUGAAGAUAUUGACGAAUACGGAAGUGGAGCUGAAGAGAUCUUCAGGGAGUUGAAAAACCUAAACCUGGGAGACACUCCAGAAAAACCGGAAAUCUUCCGGGAACUCGCACAAAUCAAACAGGCACAAUCCGGGGAAGAAAGUGAAGAAACCAACAAAGAACCAUCUGGAGAAGAAAGUAUCUACACAGAAGGAGGUGUUGUCUACGUUCCAGACCAUCAACUAGAAGACGAACGCAAGGCUCAGAUGAAAGCAGCUUUCACUCGCACACUCAACGAAUUGUUACAAAACUACGACAUGACAGGCGGGUUCCAACGCCCCGAACGUCUAGAUGUCAAAAAACCAGGCCCACCUUUUGACACACCAACAAAAUUCCGCAACCAGUAUCACACAGAGGACUCUGACCUUGACAACAAUAUCCCCAUCACAAUGAAUGAUCUAAAUGAAGAUGACGUUGAUUUGAAACAAUUGAAUCUGAACAAAGAUGCACUUUUGAAGAAUAUCCUGCUGCCAUCUAUGAUGAAGAAAGAACCAAGGGGUGCACAUCCUAACCCCUCUCAUGAGAUGUACUACGUGGACACAGAUUACGUCUAUGUUACCAUCAAGGAUAAACUGACAACUUGGAGGCAGGGUGAUAAUAUCAUCAAAACCAUUUCAGAGAUUCUAAGUCUCCCACCAGGGGUUCUAAGUCAUGGAAGGGUGGAUCAUAAUGAGGUCACCUUCAAGGUCAAUUCAAAUGAAGAAGGGAUGACGGCCCAGGUCCUAGCAAAUAAAAUUUGGGAAGUCCGUGAGAAAUUAGCAGAAAUGACAGGGUUCCAGAUAACCUCAACAGGUGUAGGUGACAAAGAGAAACAUCCAAUUUCCGUGUUGAAAGCCCCUAAGGAUUCCACCUUUGAAGAUUACCUCUAUUGGUUCACCUUGAUUGCAACGGUAGGUGGCGCCCUCAUUGGUGUGAUUGUUGUGGUGGUAGUCAACUGGCACGUACGACGUCGUUUGAACAAAUUGAACAACGUGGUCCCACCUGACCCGGAAGCUUCCAAAGUCUAUCAGGACCUCUGCAGGGUCCACAUGGCAACCAAAACAACUUGCCCAGCAAUUGAAGAUGGAAGGAUCGCAUCCCUGACAAAGGAAUCUGAACAAUCUCCUUCAAGCAGAUCCAGUACAUCAUCCUGGAGUGAGGAACCUGCCCUGCAUAACAUGGACAUAUCCACCGGACACAUGGUCUUAACCUAUAUGGAGGACCACCUGAAGAACAAAGACCGUCUUGAACAGGAAUGGGUUGCCCUUUGUGCGUAUGUAGCUGAACCCUGUGAGACCACAAUUGCUAUCCAGAAGGAAAAUGUUGAAAAGAACAGAUACCCUGAUGUGUUACCCUAUGACCAUGCUAGGGUUGUCUUGAAUGAGUUGUCCAAUGCGGUGUCGAGUGACUACAUCAACGCUUCAAGUAUAACUGACCAUGACCCAAGGAACCCUGCUUACAUUGCUGCCCAAGGUCCUCUCCCCCACACCGCCGCUGAUUUCUGGCAGUUGAUCUGGGAGCAAGGCGCUGUUGUCAUUGUAAUGCUGUCAAGGUUAACUGAAGGUGGCGCUGCUAUGUGUCACCGAUACUGGCCAGAAGAGGGUUCAGAGUUGUAUCACAUCUAUGAGGUCCAUCUGGUCAGCGAACACUUCUGGUGUGAUGAUUAUCUGGUCAGAUCCUUUUAUUUGAAGAAUGCAAGGACCAGUGAGACCCGAACUGUCACCCAGUUCCAUUUCUUGGCUUGGGCCGAAGCGGGUAUACCUGCUUCCACCAAAUCUCUUCUGGAAUUCAGACGCAAGGUCAACAAGUCAUACAGAGGUCGUUCGUGUCCCAUUGUGGUCCAUUGCUCUGAUGGGGCAGGACGUACAGGGACCUACUGCUUGAUUGAUAUGGUCUUGAGUCGUAUGGCGAAAGGGGCGAAGGAGAUUGACAUUGCGGCGACCUUGGAACAUCUGAGGGAUCAAAGGCCCAGGAUGGUUGCUACCAAACAACAGUUUGAGUUUGUUUUGACAGCUGUUGCUGAGGAAGUGCAUGCUAUCCUCAAAGCUCUACCCCCGCAGCAGAACUCACAGGAUAAGGAGAAGUAAAAGGGAGGUUAGGUUUAUUUUGACAGUUAUGACAUUUUUAGGUUAAGUUUCCCAAAACAAAACCAGCCUUGUUGGAGGAAACUUUGUUUUUGGUUGCGUUUAUUAACUGAGCAUAUCUAUGAGUAUAUUUUGACAGAUGUCAAAAUAAAACAAAUGACAGAUGAUAUAAUUUUCAAUUAGACAUAUUGAUGAGCGUGCGCAGUCACACGUUAAGUAUUAAUAGCAUUAAUUAAACAAUUAAAUUAUGCUUGAUGUCAAAAAAGUAACAAAAAACACAAAUAUCGCUAUAAUGUGUUAGAUGAAUAACAUAACAUAUAUUUUGUGUAUGGAUGUGUAACAUAUAUUUUUCGAAGAAUUCUAAGAAUGACAGAUGACAGAUGACAGUUGACAUCAGGUGCAGAAAGCCAAACAGAUGAAGUUUUAGAUAAUUUCCUGUCAUGAUAUCAUGUUAUUUUUAUAUAUACACAUUGUUUGAGGUUACGGAGAGAUAUCACAGAUGGCGUUUCAGUUUUCUAUAUUGACUUAGGUUACACAAAUGACAUUUAUCGAAUCGUUGACGCUUGAGAAGUAAUUUAACACUUUGUUGACUCUUAACCUUAAAAUCUAAGUUUAAUUAUUUAUCCGGGAGAUGGAGAGGGGGAAUAUUUUAACCAUGUGGUUAUAAAUUAACAAUUUGAUCUCUUAUUAUCAAAGCCUAUUAUAUUAUUGUUAGAAUAGGAUGAUAAACAAAAGAAAAAAACAAAAAAGUUUGAUUUUAACAUCAUGAAAGUGAACAACAUGGCGGAUAAUGACAGCGGGGCGUGCGGAGCUUUGGUAUCCAGCCUCCCGAAGCGCCGAGCGCCCCCUAGCGGCCAUUACCUAACCUAGAAAACAAAAAGAAAAACGCAAAACAUCACAAAAUGCGUAAAGAUAUUAAAAAUAAUUGACUGAUGUAACAAAAUGACGAUUGACGCAUACCCCAGGUAAAACAAACAGAGAAAACAAAAAUAAUUAUAUGAAGUGUUAUUAUAUAAAGAAAUUAUACAUAUACAUAAAGUCUAUAAAGAAAUAUAUAAACUGUAACCUAACCAAAAAAAAACAAAACCAAACAAAACUAUUAAAAGAAAACAUAUUUUGUCAGAAUAUCUUAAGACGAUGAUACGAUGCAAUUAUUAACAUGUACGAUGAAGACACGACAAGAUGGCGGGCAGUGUGUGCAGUCUAUGCGUAACUUAACCUAACUUAACCUAAAAUCUAAGCUCACACAAUAAUCGUACGUGUUGUCUGAUAUGAUAUGAUAUGAAAUAUAUGCAUUGACAUUUGACAGCAUACAAACACAAAACAUGAAACACAAAACUCUAAACAAAAAACAAAAAACAAAAGUAUAUAGAAUAGUUAAUGUAUUUAUGUAGACAAAAACGUAUACAACAAAGAGAGCAUCAUCUGGUUUCAA